AUGGAUUACCAGAACAGAGCAGGUUCCAAAUUCGGCGGGGGUGGGGUCGCCUCCAAGUCCGCCACGAACGCUGACCGACGCGAACGUCUACGCAAGCUCGCAAUGGAGACAAUGGACGUUGAGAAAGAUCCUUACAUCUUCAGAAACCAUCUCGGAACCUUCGAAUGUCGUCUCUGCUUGACCGUUCACCAGAACGACGGCUCGUAUCUCGCCCACACCCAGGGUCGCAAGCACCAGACCAACCUUGCGCGACGUGCUGCCCGCGAGGCACGCGAAAACAAAAACCAGGAUGCAUCCUCUACUCCUGGCGUCGCAGGUGUGCAGGUUAAGAAGCAAUUGAUCAAGAUCGGUCGUCCCGGCUACAAGAUUACCAAGAUCCGCGACCCUCUUACCCGCCAGCAGGGCUUGCUCUUCCAACUUCAGUACCAAGAGAUCACUCCUGGUGUUACUCCCCGCGUUCGUUUCAUGUCGGCCUUCGAGCAGCAGGUUGAGACCCCCGACAAUAACUACCAGUACAUGAUUGUUGCUGCCGAGCCCUACCAGAACUGUGGGUUCAAGCUGCAGGCCAGAGAGAUUGACCGACGUGACGACCGCUACUGGACUUGGUUCGACGAGGACAGUAAAGAAUUCUGGAUCCAAGUCAUGUUUAAGACUGAACGUGAAGAGAUCUUUAGUGGCGUGCCUGGUCUGGCCCCCUCGCAGACUUAA